AUGAGCGGGGCGGGUGGGCUGGCGUGGCGCGCGCUGCACGCCUUGCUGCGCGCCCUGCUGUGCGUGCAGCGCGCGCUGUUCGCCUGCCUGCGCGACCGCGCCGUCGCCGGGCCCCGCGCCUGGCUCUGGCGCCGCGCAGCCUCCGCCGCCGCCUCCUGCGCCCUCCUGGCGCCCGCUGCUUUCGCCUUCCGCAAGGUGGGAGCGGCGCGGCGGCGGCGGCCCGUGGCUGCGGCGCAAGUACGGCAGCGGUGGCGCUUGGACGGGCGGACCCUGCAGAAGCUGCCGGUGCACAUGGGGCUGGUGGUGACCGAGGAGGAGCCGAGCUACGCGGACAUGGCCAGUCUGGUGGUGUGGUGCAUGGCAGUGGGCAUCUCUUAUGUCAGCGUCUACGACCAUAAUGGUAUUUUCAAGAGGAAUAAUUCAAGAUUGAUGGAUGAAAUUUUAAAACAGCAGCAAGAACUCUUAGGAGUAGAUUGCUCCAAGUACAAUGUGGACUUUGCAAAUCGAGACAAAGCUGAUGAAGUUUUAAAUUGCCAAUCUACAUUGAAGGUGCUGUCUCCAGAAGAUGGAAAAGCAGACAUAGUAAAAGCUGCUCAGAACUUUUGUCAGUUAGUAGCACAGCAGCAAAGAAGAUAUACAGACCUGGAUGUGAAUGUGUUAGACAACUUAUUAAGUAGUACAAAUGGAUUUCCUGAUCCUGAUUUAGUCUUGAAGUUUGGUCCUGUGGACAGCACGUUAGGAUUCCUUCCAUGGCACAUCAGACUGACAGAGAUCAUUUCUUUGCCUUCCCACCUGAACAUCAGCUAUGAAGACUUUUUCUCUGCCCUCCAUCACUAUGCAGCCUGUGAGCAACGCUGGGGAAAGUGACUUCUGGCUGAGCACAUGGAGUCAGGUUUUCUGUGGGAAGGAAUUGAUGUCUGUUUACAAGCACCUGUGACCCAUAAGUCUGGUUCAUAGUUCUUUCUUAAUUUAUCAACAAAUUC